AUGGAGCCUAGUGACGCCGAUCCUCCCGGUGCUGUUUUCCAGAACGAACCGCUGCUUUGCCCAGAAAUUAGCUCCCAUACGGACACCGAGCUUGUCAGCCUGCCCUCCGAUGACGAGAACAAGUCUGAGGCGGACGACACAGACGAUGAUAAUAUGCAGGACGUUGCCAUCGCCGUCUCGCACACCCGUCUCACCCAAAAGAGCGGGUCGUCCGGACCGUGCAGACCUCAUGGCCGCUUUCGUCAGGCGGUCCUGAACUUCGCAGAACCUCCAUCGCUCCCGAAGAAACGCCCACGGUGCCAACAACCCGCGCCAACAAAAGAGGAUCUCGAGAAGCUUGACAAGGAGAUCGAGGCAGUCGCGGAGAAGUCGGCGUGCAAGAACCACGACGCAUCCAAGGUGCAUCUCCAGGCCAUGGAAGCCGAGCGCCUUUCCCAAGGGACCGAGGUGAGGCAACGAAGCCUCAUGGACAUGCUGAGCAAGUAUCCAAUGAUGGCUAGGGUCAUCAAGUGCAUGCAGGCGGCCCAGUGGUGUGCACGGUUCGAUGCGCCGAUUGCUCUCUACCCGCCUAUGGUGCGCUUCAUGGCGGAGCAAGGCUGCCCCGACAUGGUCAAUGACGAAGCAUACGGACGCUACUAUUCAAAGUACUAUAGGUACGCGUUUGGCGAGUUCAUCGAGGCCCUCGCGCAACACUUGACGGACCGGCAGCUGCAGGACGCCAAGGCAUCCGCGUGGUAUGUACUCUCUUUUGACGAGUCCAUUGAUCGCGCGCGAGGCAAACAUCUGAUCAUGUACAUUACAUUCGAGAGAACCGAGGAGGUCGUCACACAGUUUUUCGGGCAUCUCACACUCGACCGCUGUAAUGCCGUCUCGAUUUAUGAGGCGAUCCUCGCCUUCCUUCACCGGAAGGACAUGUCCCUUGACAUGCUCGUUGGCGUGGCCACGGACGGGGCAUCCGUGAUGACCGGGUCAAAGGGAGGAGUUGUGGCUCUUCUCAGGAAGAGGUGCCCUUGGCUGGUGGCGGUCCACUGCGUGGCGCAUCGGUAA